AUGCAAAGUUGUGAAAUCUCCUCAGACGGCGCUGAUGAUCCCCUUAGUAGCGGCCUGCGCACUCCUCGGCAGCCUCGAGUAGUCGUGAUCGGCGCUGGCUUGGCCGGACUCGCUGCAACCAAGGUCUUGCUCAAGAGGGGCUUCACUGAUGUCACAGUCCUCGAAGCCCUAGACCACAUCGGCGGGAGAGUUCAAAGUAUUAAGCACGGCGAAACAGCUUUGGAGUUAGGAGCCACGUGGAUCCACGGCGGCACCGGGAACCCGGUGUACCACUUGGCCGAGGACAACGGGCUGCUGGAGCACACCGCGGAUGGCGAGACGAGCGUCGGGCGCAUCAGCUUGUACAGCAAGAACGGUGUCGCGCACUAUCUGACCAAUGUUGGCAAGAGGAUCCCCAAAGACCUCGUGGAGGAGUUCAGUGAUCUCUACAAUGAGGUGUACGAGCAGACUCAGGAAUUCUUCCAACACGGGAAGCCCGUCGGCGCCGAAAGCCAGAACAGCGUUGGCAUCUAUACGCGAGAUGUCGUGCGCAAGCGGAUUACAAUGGACCCAGAUGAUUCCGAAAGCACCAAGAAGCUCAAACUGUCCAUGCUUCAGCAGUACCUCAAGGUUGAAAGUUGCGAAAGCAGCUCUCCCAACAUGGAUGAGGUGUCUCUGAGCGAGUUUGGCGAGUGGACAGAGAUCCCCGGCGCGCAUUACAUCAUUCCCACAGGUUUCAAUAAGAUCGUGACGCUCCUGUCCAGGGACAUCCCCCUUCACACCAUCUGCCUCAACAAACCAGUCCGCUGCAUCCACUGGAACUACUCGGCCCAGCGGGACGACACAAACCGGAACAACAACCACAAUCGAAAGACCCUCGACGCCGGGCACCCCGUUUGCGUGGAGUGCGAAGACGAAGAGUGGAUAAUGGCCGACCACGUGAUCGUGACGGUUUCCUUAGGUUUGUUAAAGCACAACCACGAGGCCAUGUUCUCACCUUCUCUACCUGAGGACAAAGUGUUAGCCAUUGAGAAGCUGGGCAUCAGCACCACAGAUAAGAUUUUCUUGGAGUACGCCGAGCCGUUCUGGAGUCCCGAGUGUAACAGCAUUCAGUUUGUGUGGGAAGACGAGGCCCAGCUUGAGCAGAUGACCUACCCCGAGGAGCUGUGGUAUAAGAAGAUCUGUAGCUUCGACGUGCUCUACCCUCCGGAACGCUACGGCUACAUGCUGAGCGGCUGGAUCUGUGGCGAGGAGGCUCUCUGUAUGGAGCGCUGCGAUGAUGAAACUGUAGCCGAGACGUGCACAGAGCUACUCAGGCACUUUACAGGGAACCCUGACAUUCCAAAGCCCCGCCGUAUCCUGCGUUCCUCCUGGGGUAGCAACCAAUACUUUCGAGGCUCCUACUCCUAUACCAGGGUAGGCUCCAGUGGCGGAGACUUUGAGAGGCUAGCCAUGCCACUGCCUUCCGCUAACAGCACCAAGGCUCCGGCCCUGCAGCUCUUGUUUGCUGGCGAGGCUACCCACCGCAAAUACUAUUCCACUACCCAUGGUGCAUUGUUGUCCGGACAGCGAGAGGCCUACCGUUUGGUGGAGAUGUAUCAGGACUGGCAAGCUGCUGACACCACAAAGCCUAAAAUGUAAAAAAAAAAAAAGACAAAACAGGUGUGGACAGGGGGGAAAAACAACAACAAAACUUCUUACAGCUUAAUUUAUAGUCUUAUAAAUAUAUAUAUGGUGGGCAUUAUUACUUUUGGUAAUAUUUUUACUCUAAUGUAGAUACAAAUCCUGCUACGUUGUAUGUCAGGUGAAAUGCUCGAAGGUUGCCAAUGGUGCUAUGUCAAAAACGAUACUUCUUAAUACCCAGAAACUAUCAUCUAAUGUCUUUAAUAACAGCAACCAUGAUUUAACUUGAUUUUUUAAUGUAAGUGCCUUCUGUACCCUAAUGUUUGUUUAUAUAAUGUGUGUGUAUGGAUAUAAAAACUAAGAGGUUUUCAACCAAUUAAAAGCUUUUAUUAUCAUCUCACAAAA